AUGGCGGCCUCCACGGAGUGCGUGUUGCCUGUACUGCUGAGCCACAGGCAGGGGCCUCUGGCCGCGUUCUCCUUGGCGUGGCUCUGCUGCUUCUUGGGGGUGCGGGGCGGAGAGGUCGUCUGGAAUUCAUUAAACGAUGACCUCCUGCUGCCCUACCCGCCUUCCCCACACGGUCCCCAGCAACGCCACCGGCACGUCAGAGACUGCCAGCUUCUGGCACACGGCAAUGCGUCGCACGAAUCCUGGCCUGGCGACAACAGCAGCGUCAGCCCGCUGCCUGUCACCCGUGCAUUUGUUUCAUACUUCCCUCCCAAGGGGCAGGACCAAAGAGCCGUGUAUGGGCAUUUCACCGUAGUGAGAGACCCUUUGAGAACCCUCUCUGUUUUGGAACCUGGUGGGCAGGGAGGGUGCCGGAGCCACGCGAGAGCCACCGUGGAAGAGACCGCCAGGCUUGGGAACUGUCUUGUGGCCCAGAACGGGGGCUAUUUUGACACGGAUACCGGGGAGUGCCUUGGGAAUAUCGUGAGCAACGGGCAGCUGGUACAGACCUCCAGAGGGCUGCAGAAUGCGCAGUUUGGCAUCCGGCAAGAUGGCACACUGGUGUUUGGCUAUCUCUCUGAAGAGGAGGUCUUAGCGAAGGAGAACCCUUUUGUCCAGCUGGUGAGCGGGGUGGUUUGGCUGCUACGAGACGGCGAAGUUUACGUGAACCAGAGCCGGGUCUUGGAAUGCAGCAAGACGCAGGAAACAGGGCUUUUUGACACGUUCAUCAACACCGUGUCUGCCAGGACAGCUGUGGGCCAUGACAAAGAGGGCCGUUUGGUCCUAAUGCACGUGGACGGCCAGACAGACCGAAGGGGUCUCAGCCUCUGGGAAAUGGCGGAUUUCCUGAAGCAGCAGGGCGUCAUAAAUGCGAUCAACUUGGACGGCGGGGGAUCAGCAACCCUCGUCUUAAAUGGGACUCUUGCAAAUUACCCCUCGGAUCACUGCCAGCCUGACCCUAUGUGGCGAUGCCCUCGCCAGAUUUCAACGGUCGUGUGUGUCCACGAGCCAUUGUGCCAACCUCGAAACUGCAGUGGGAACGGCCUCUGCAUGGUCGGGGAAUGCCAGUGCAAAAGACCUUACUGGACGGGACCCGCCUGUGAUGUCUUGGACUGCGGGCCUUACAAUUGCACUCCGCACGGAACGUGUACAGAGAAAGGGUGCCUCUGUGACGACGGUUGGACAGACCCAAACUGCAGCAAAGCUGCCCAGAGUCUCCCAAAGGCUGAUCCUAACUCGGAACGUAUUUUCGCAGAGAACACCUGGAUCAUCAUAUCAUCCGUCUUGGCCGUUCUACUUUUCCUCAGUGCCAUGGGAAACUCCAAGCUCCUUUUCUGCCGGUCCGCAGGACAACAGAACCUCAGCAGAUACACUUAUCAGCCGCUGCAAGAAAUAAACGGGGAGUCUGCUCAUACUUACACUACGGCAGCUUGGAAGAAUGAAGACGACGCGGCAGACGAAUGGGACCUAGAUCACCCAGGGUCAGUCAGAUUCAGCUGAUGGGAGGUCUUCCAGACAUCUGCUUUAAUGCAGAGACCAGCUGCUCUGUUUCUCAGCCUGUCCUGUUUGGAAAAACAUGCUGCUCUUACAAGAAUAUCUGUGCUGGGAAAUGAAGUCCUGGUGUUUCCCAGGUUGACCAAAGACACCUGGGGCUCUGGAAGGAAAGAUCCAAUUCUCCCUGGUGGCCAGGGCGUCGUGGGAAUCUGCAUUUUGCAGUCUGUUCACAAGAUGUAAAACCUGUCGGGAAAUACCGGCUUCGCGGGAUUCCCCAGCUUAUACGGUUGCCAUUGCAAUGAGAUUGUGGUCCGAAGUCGCUUAGCGGCUUCUUCGAUGGGAGCAUGAUUAUAUUGUUCAGGGUCCACGGCAGCAAGGUGGGAGGGGUGACCUCUGUUUUACGCAUCCGUCUUGAGAAUAAUUUUCUUCCAGACUCAUUUUCCCCAGGAGCGUACCUAGUCUAACUCAGCCAGAAAAAUACCUGCCCUUUGGCUAUAGGUAGCAAUUAAUCUAUAAUACCCUUCUCCCCUUUCGUUUUAUGACUUAAAAUACCACCUGUAAUACAGAAGAGCAAGUGAAUUAAAUGGGACAUAGUCUGUUUUUUAAGUCAAGAUAUAACAUACUAUUAGAAAGACCUACCCCCAAAAAAGUAUUUUUCUGGCUGUUUUCCCUCCUGUUCAUAAAUUCAGACUUUCUCCAGACUUGGAGUUCAUUCUGAACAGGCAGCAAACAGAAAUAUCUACAGCCAUGAUGCAACCUGCCCCACGUCUGUUCCUCGGACAAACAAUUUUCCCAUUAAUUUUUGGGGAAAGCUCUUCAGGUUUCUGUAAUUGCAAGGAAUUUUACUUCAGCCAGUAGCCCUUUUUAGAAAAACUUCUUUUCUGGCUGUAAAUGGUCUGAUCUUUCCGCCCCUGUCCUCCCCAUUUCUCCAAAUCACAUUCCAAAUCAUGUGUCUGGUUUCUCUGGGCAAUUAAAAGGUUAAUUGGCCGUAUUAAGAAGAAAGUACUUACUGUAUGUUCAAGUAAACCCAGUUCAUCAUUGCCUGUAGAUUUUUGAGCGUGGUGCCUAGGAAGGAUGUGACGUCACUUCUGGGGUGUGUUCUAGGAAUUUGCCAUCAUCUUUGUGGUAAACACUUCAAGAGAUAUGGGGAA